CUGGGGAUUGGAGGAGAAAUUAGUUGGGGGAUGCAGAAGACGAAUGUCAACCGCUUCUGAUGACUAGUAUUCGCAUUCUGCUGCUUUGAGUAGAAGGGCCCCCUCCCUGCACCUGUCCCGCUUCGUGGUCGCGCAGGAGUUUAAUCUCGAGGCAUUAACGUAGACAUCACUUUCAUUGUUGAAAGACUACGGCGUGGUGAAUUGUACUGUAGCUCCUGAACAUGACUUCGGCAUACAGUGGUCAGGAUUUUCUUCCGGAUAGGACGGUAGAAAGCCGGUUGAUGCUAAUCUCGGAAGAUACAAUCAACGGCAGCAACAGCAGCAAGAUGAAUGGUUCCAUGGAGAACCUGGAUACCCCUGACCAUGACUCCAUCAAGAUGUUCGUUGGCCAGAUCCCCCGCUCCUGGACGGAAACGGAGCUCAAGGAGCUGUUCGAGCCCUACGGGGCCGUGCACCAAAUCAACAUCCUCCGAGACCGCACUGCCACACCCCCCCAGAGCAAAGGAUGCUGUUUUGUAACGUUUUAUACCAGAAAAGCCGCCCUGGAGGCCCAGAAUGCAUUGCACAAUAUAAAGACCUUAACAGGGAUGCAUCAUCCCAUCCAGAUGAAACCCGCUGACAGCGAGAAAACAAAUGCGGUGGAAGACAGAAAGCUCUUCAUUGGAAUGGUGACAAAGAAAUACGGCGAGAACGAGGUCCGGAUGAUGUUCUCUGCUUUCGGACAGAUAGAGGAAUGCCGAAUUCUCAGAGGACCCGACGGUCUGAGCAGAGGCUGUGCCUUUAUCACAUUUUCUACCAGGGCUCAGGCCGCGAAUGCAAUCAAAACCAUGCAUCACUCUCAGACUAUGGAGGGCUGCUCCUCUCCCAUGGUGUGUAAGUUUGCGGACACUCAGAGGGACAAGGAGCAGCGGCGCCUGCAGCAGCAGAUGGCCCAACAGAUGCAGCAGCUCAACAGCGCCUCCACCUGGGGAAACCUGGCAGGGCUGGGAGGCCUCACACCACAGUACCUGGCAUUGCUCCAACAGGCGACAUCUACCGGUAACCAGAGUAAUUUUGGUGGCAUGCAGAGGCUAGGAGGUGUGAACCAGCUGCAGCUGCAGAACCUGGCCACGUUAGCGGCUGCCGCCUCUGCAGCCCAGAACUCAGGCGGCGGCUCCAACGCCCUGUCAGCCAACGGAGCUCUAGGUAAUCUCUAUAACUCAGCAGCAGGCCAGACGGCAAGCUCCAGUGCGAGUGCAGCCAUGAACACUCUGGCCUCUCUGGGCCUGACCCAGGGCCUCGGCGGGGGCCUGACGGGGGCCUCCAUGGGUCUCAACAACCUCAACGCCCUCACUGGGGGUGUCAGCGGUGAGUACUCCAACCGUAUGGCGGCUAUGAACGGAGGACUGGGGGCCUCUAUGGCAAACGGCUCGGGGGCGAGCUCCAUGGAUGCCCUGACUCAAGCCUACUCAGGGAUGCAGCAGUACACGGCCUCUGCUCUGCCUUCCCUCUACAGCCAGUCCCUACUGCAGGGAGCAGCCGGCGGGAGCCAGAAGGAGGCCGGGAGCCAGAGGGAGGGUCCUGAGGGAGCCAACCUGUUCAUUUACCACCUGCCCCAGGAGUUUGGAGACCAGGAUGUCCUUCAGAUGUUCAUGCCUUUCGGAAGUGUCGUCUCUGCCAAAGUCUUCAUCGACAAACAGACCAAUCUGAGCAAGUGCUUCGGGUUUGUCAGCUACGACAAUCCGGUGUCGGCGCAGGCCGCCAUCCAGGCCAUGAACGGCUUCCAGAUCGGCAUGAAGAGGCUCAAGGUGCAGCUGAAGCGCUCCAAGAACGACAGCAAACCCUACUGAUUUUACCAAGGGCAGGGGCCUUUUCCCCCAGGCUCUAUGUUAGCACUACUAGG